ACAACAGCUGGAUCCUGUAGCUGCUGCUUGUAGGGAUGAAGCGGCUGUCGGCGCAAGGAGCCCAAUAGCUGAGCGCACCCUCCCCUGUGGUCUGGUAGGUAUCCGACAAGCUGCAGUCUCCCCUCCAGAAUCUUUCUUCGGGUUGGUUUGUGCCUAGUGAACCACCAUCAGCUGCCACUGGAUGGUUAGCAAAGCCACUCGUUCCUGCUUUUCUCAUCAUCCAGUUUAUUUGGUUUCCUUGUCCCAGGCGAAAAAGACAUUAUGCUCACUGCUGCUUUAUCUAAAUGGAUGUGAGAUAACAAUUCCCUGUACAGCUGUGGCCAGAGGAGUAUUCGGCACUGGUCUGUCCAGGACUGAAAUGCACAGUGGGCCUGAAAUGGCCCCUUUCCCAGAUAGCUCUUAGGAGCAAGACUUUCCUACUUGUCUCUUUGCUUCGCAUUUCAUCCACCCUUUCUUGCCCUCUAGAACAGAAGGCAGAUGUGAGAGCGGAUGCAUGCUCUUUUCCAGCAUGGACAUCUCCCCGCUCUCUGCUUUUCCCAUUCCUUCCCCUCCCGCUACCGACAGGGAGUUUUGGAUGCAAACCCACAACUAAAUCCUCUUUUGUCAGGAGAAAAUUCCCAGCUCCCCGGCUCAAUCCUGCCCGUGGACACGCACCCCAAAGGCAGUGGAAGACAGCAGGAUGCUCGAGUGUCAGAUGCCUUUGCUCUCCAAGUCCUCGGGAAUUCGGCUCCUCUCCCUAAAAUGAGCCCUUGUGCUUCGGUCUCCCAGCUCUGAUGGUAGAAACAGCCCAACAUGGAGAACUGCUCUUCUUGGCCCUGCACCAUUAAGGUCAAUAGGAAUUGAUUUUGCUCUUGGCUUCACGGGAAACAUCGGGGUCUUGUGUUCCUACCAGGAGAGGGCUAGGACUUGUAUGACUGUCUGAGAGCAGCGCCCAGCGCUCUGUUGUGCUACAGCUUGAGACCAAGAAUUUGGAGCUGGAUUCAGACCUGGUGGGAGCUGCUUGUCUCAGGCUGUACUUUGGUGUUUAUUUUCUCAGCUGAGUCAGGAGAGCAAGUGCGUGUCCCGUCACACGACUGCCCUGGAUCCCCCGUUUAAUACUGCCCACCUCCUUUCUCAGCCUCCCUAGGAAUAUCUACUUCCCUCCUGACUUCUCCAGUUCAUCAGCCUCCGGCCCCUUUCCCGGCUCUCCCUUGCUUCCUAGCCACCCCCCGGUGUCGUGAGGGCCACCUCCUCUCGGCAGCUGGAGGUACAUUUUCACAUCCUCAAGCUGCACGAGGAUCUUGAAGAAGUUGAGAAGUUUCCAUGCCGUGCCUUUAUUUUCUCUCUUUUCUCCGUCAAGUCAAACUACUUUUAGAUUCUCCCGGACUCUCCCAGCCCGAGUCUCUGAAGCUUCUUGAUUUAAUUUGGGCAUCAAAAGCUUCCAAGUGCUAUUUUUGGGUUGGAACGUCCUCGGCCUUAACUAAAGCCCCAUCCUUUUUACCUGCGAUUAAACCACUGUUAUUCGCCCGUCCUAACCAGUUUGUCUCUUGGGUGAAUCCAGAUGUUUCUGGACACUUCCUGUUCCUGCGGUCUCCCCUGCACCCAUCGUGUUCAUCCAGGAUUUGAUAGCACAGCUCUCCUUGAUACCUCGGAGUCAUUUCCAGUUGAAAGGUCAGCGGUGGUGUUUUCCGUCGUGGUUUUCUUACCAUGUUUUGUGCUGCUGAUGACGAAGCGAGAGGGAGAUCCUCUAGGGCUUUGUAAGACGGAGACCACGUCUGUUAAGUUCAGUGAGGCCAGUCCUGCCUGGAAAGAAAACAUGGAGUCUGUGCCUGGCUCACCCACUGGGAAAAAGAGCCGGUUUCUCUUUGCAGCAGUCAAAGCUGGAGAAAACCCAAGAGUUGGAGAUUAAAGAACUGACUUAAAAUGUGCGUUUUUGGAAGGUGGUUCUCACCGUGCACUUGUCCGAACAGCAAGACCCGGAGCCGUGAUAGGGCACUAAGACGAUGCGUGGAGACGUGCCUGCCCGCGAGACGUUGGAGUAGCAAGAGCAGGAUUGGAAAAAAAAACAAACCCCAUGAACUGCUAAUUAACUAAAAAUAUUGACCGUGGCGUCAGUCUGACCCGAUCGCUGCCAAGGCUGGGUGAAUGUGACUGGGGCCAGCUCCCGAAACCCUGGGCCAAAUCCCCAAAUUCUGGGCUCGCCGGGCAGUUGAGUGGCAGCGGUAGAUACAGCACUGCAAUGUGGGCCUAUUCCUGGCUCUGCCACAAAUCUGCUUGUGACCACUUUUCUCUGCCCCACAUUUGCACUCCCCCCUACGUGUGCAUCUCACCCGAUUCAUACGUGAACUGUUCAGCCUGGCAGGGCCGAGCGCAGCAUGACCCGGAUGUUGAGGAAGCUGCUGUAAAACAAACAGAAAUAAUACGCGGGGUCAGAAAUUGGCCCCGCGUCCCUUGAUUGCCUCGCAUAAGAACGAGGUGCAAACAGUACGGAAGUGCCACGCUUGCCCCAGCCUCGUUUCGGCAUGCACGUCCCUUCGGACAAGACGGUCGGCUGCGUUGCGCAGAUUUCUUGAGGAGGCAGGAUGUAGAAAAGCGUCGGAUAUUGUAGCGGCUGCCAUCGGCAGGCCGGCGGGGAAUCGCCUGGUUUGCGGUGCGUUGGCGUGUUGUGUUGCGCUGCACGGAGGUUGAGGAGUGACUUGCACGUUGUCACUGUGUUGGGUCAUCCCAUAUCCCACGAGCUUAACCUCCAGGUACCCUGGGUCUUCCUGCUGUCACCGGAUGGCCCCUAUCAAACGCGGCACCGAGUGAUGGCAGGGCCCGCUCCCCCUUCCAGCACGUGCAACGCGUACCCUUUGCGAGGGCCAGAGGGCUGCUGCCGAGCGGCCCUGCCCCAGCGGCGUGCCCCUUGGGCAGGAGUCGGUAGCUCAGCCAUUGCACGCCUAAAAGUGCGGUUCCUCCUCCUCCUCCUCCUCCUCCUCUCAGAGGAGCCCCUGACCUGCGGGCAGCUGGAGGAGGCAGGAUGCUGGCUGUGAGUCGCCGAGGCGUCAGGACAGCACCGGUUUGAUUUCCUGUCACGAAACCGCGGACCAGGCCCGCGAACACGACCGAGGGCUGUCCUGAAAGGACAAGCCUGCCGGUUUGCAAAGGCAUCCAGCCAUCCCAAGUCACCGCCGCUCUGCGCGCGGUGCCAAACGCGGCUGUGAAUACCGAGCGGAGGAAGUUGUGUGUUGUUUUUGGUUUUUUUUUCCCCCCCUUUUUUUCUGGCAAUAAAACAUGGGGCGGCUCGGGCUGAGCGCUCCGCGAACGCCCGCCGUGUCCCCGCAGCGCCGCGAAGACGGGUGUCACUUGUAACAGCCACCAAAAAAGAGAGAAGAAAACGCUCGCGAACACGACCUGCGAAGGACGGCGGGGGCCAGCUCCCACCAUGGACGGGGUUUCCCCGCGGGAAGCAGCCGGCGCCGGCCCGCGGGGCUUGCAGGAGAUGCUCCAGGAGAAAAGCCUGCCUGACACCGAGGAGGGGUUCGCAGCCCAGCCGCCCGCCGGCUCCCCGCGCCUGGCCGGGGCGGGCGGCGGCGGCAGCCCGCAGGGCCCGGACCCGGAGCAGACCAUCGAAAACAUCAAAGUUUAUCUCCAUGAAAAAGAACUAUGGAAGAAAUUUCAUGAAGCCGGCACCGAAAUGAUCAUAACCAAAGCAGGCAGGAGGAUGUUUCCUAGUUACAAAGUUAAAGUAACCGGGAUGAACCCCAAAACCAAGUACAUCCUGUUGAUCGACAUCGUCCCAGCUGACGAUCAUCGGUAUAAAUUCUGCGACAACAAAUGGAUGGUGGCUGGAAAGGCGGAGCCUGCCAUGCCCGGACGGCUGUACGUUCACCCGGACUCGCCCGCCACGGGAGCUCACUGGAUGCGGCAGCUGGUGUCAUUUCAGAAGCUGAAGCUGACUAAUAAUCACCUUGAUCCCUUUGGACAUAUCAUUCUUAACUCGAUGCAUAAAUACCAGCCGCGGCUGCACAUUGUGAAAGCAGAUGAAAACAACGCCUUUGGGUCGAAGAACACAGCCUUCUGCACACACGUGUUUCCUGAAACAUCCUUUAUAUCAGUGACCUCCUAUCAGAAUCAUAAGAUAACCCAGCUGAAAAUUGAAAACAACCCAUUUGCCAAGGGAUUCCGGGGAAGCGACGACAGUGAUCUGCGUGUGGCGCGGCUACAAAGCAAAGAAUACCCCGUCAUUUCCAAAAGCAUCAUGAGGCAGAGGCUGGUGUCCACUCAUGGGCAGCUUUCAGCAAAGCCUGAUGUGAACCCGCUCCACGGGAAUCACCAGACCCUUCAACAUUAUCAGUACGAGAACGGGGCUCACAUGCAGUUUGCAGCUUCAGAUACUCAAGAUCUGUCUCUCAACACCUUCACAGCUCAGAGAGAUUCAGGGCUUUUCUACCACUGCCUAAAAAGAAGAGAAACUGCUCGGCAUCUCGACCUGCCCUGCAAGCGCUCCUAUCUGGAGGCCACCUCCUCCGUUGGAGAAGACCAUUAUUUCCGUUCACCACCUCCGUACGACCAGCAGAUGUUAAGCCCUUCCUAUUGCAGUGAGGUGACGCCUAGGGAAGCGUGCAUGUACUCUAGUUCUGGGGCUGAAAUCGCAGGUGUCUCCACAGUCGAUGACUUGCCGCCCCCGCCUCCCCCUUUGAGCUGCAAUAUGUGGACUUCGGUUGCACCUUACACCAGCUACAGUGUUCAGACAAUGGAAACUGUGCCUUACCAGCCUUUCCCUGCGCAUUUUACGGCCACCACCAUGAUGCCUCGGCUCCCCUCCAUCACAAGUCAAGGCUCGCAACCACCAGGUAACAGCCACUUCAGCGUCUACAAUCAACUCUCACAGUCUCAGGUUCGGGAGCGAGUUCCUUCUUCAUCUUUCCCGCGGGAAAGGGUGCACCCAGCUGUGUGCGAGAGGAAACCCCCGUCUCCACACCUAAACGCAGCAAACGAAUUUCUGUACUCACAAAGCUUUUCGCUGUCGAGAGAAUCUUCAUUACAGUAUCAUUCAGGAAUGGGAACUGUGGAAAACUGGACUGAUGGAUGACUCUGGUGUCUGAGUAACAAAACAGCUAGCUUUACUGCUCCAGGACAAUGUUCAUUCGGUGUUAAUACCUGUGGGUAACUUGCACUUCAGUGAAACCUACACAAAUGCGCAUUUCCAAGGAUUGUGUGUGUAUGAAGGGCUCGUAUCUUUGCACACGCAAACAAUUCAGUGGAAAGAACAAUUCUUUUCAAAAUAACCCUUGGCUCAAUGGCCUGGAUUCAUCAAUCUCUUACUAACGUCUCAAUAAAGUCAGUCCUCCCACCUCCCUUAGCCAAGAACCAGCUCGUUGACGAAGGAAGCGAAACGUGCCAAUCAUUUUCCUUUCAUUAAAAUACUGUAUGCUCAUAAGUAAGUCUUGGCUACUUGUGAAAAGUAUGACCUUCACUUCCACUGUAUGUUGUGUGUUUAUCAAGUCACAGAAUAAUAAGGCUCAGAGACCGAAAUGGUCUAUUAGCUCACAAUGUCUGCUGUAACAACAGUCUUUUAACUCUCUUCAUCCCCACAGCUAAAGUACUUUCCCUUCUCUUAUGCUAAAGUAUUAUCCCCACUUUUCCAGCUGGGGCAACAAAGCGAAGGGAGAAACCCAUGUCUUUUGAUUCCCUGGGUAAAAGCAGAUGUGGCAUUUAAGUCAGUCCUGGCUGCUCCAAGUCAAACCUGGGAGCAGCAUAGUCCUUUAGACACUCAGCAUGUCCCUGGAACAAAUGCCAAUUAGCCUCAAUGGAAAAAAGUGUUCUCACAUACAUUUCACAGGUACCUGAAGUGGGGCAAAGGGGCUGUACCUCUGCAGGCUCCCAGGAGAAAAGGCUCUGUCCCAAGGGAAAUGCAAUGUCUGUGCUUAUUCCCCCAGCUCCCGGGUGUAUCAGCUCAAGUUUUCUGAUCCCGUUUAAAAAAUGUAAAUGAAAUGAAAAAAAAAUGUAACAAAUUUUUUUUUUAACAGAGAAAAAUUCUUAAGCCACUCUUGACACUAGGUGACAGACAAAUAUCAGUGGAACAGGUAAAGCCUGAAAUCACUACAUAUAAUUACUGUGGGAAGGAUGCUGCUGGGAUUUUCUGUGGAACAAAACUCCCAUUGUCCUCAGCAAAGUGGUACAAACAGGGGCAGAGAUUGCAUCUUCCUAUAAGUUUGUACAGCACAUAGUCUGUGGACACCGGUCCAAUAAUAAUGGGAAUUUGGUUCCAUUAAAGAACAAAAUUUAGUCCGCUGCCAUGAUUAGUAUAUUUUUCCUGCUUCUCAAGGAAUGAACAAAUGGGUGGAGGACAUAAAAAAAAAAAAAAAAAAAAAAAAAAAAAAAAGAUCAGUGUUUUGAUGAAUCCAUCCCAAUGAAGAGAGGCUGGUGAAUGAAAGUUGUUUAAAAUUAAGACAACCCCGAGGCCACUUAAGUGGAGGGUAUUUUCACCCCGGACCAUCAUAUAUACCCAUUCAACAGACUGUGUGUGUGGUUGGUGUGGAUUUUAUAAUCAUAUUUGGGAAAUCACUACAAUUCUUGCAUGCUGAAUAGCUAUUUAUACAUAUCUAUAUAUAUAUAAAUAUAUAUAAAUAUAUAUAUCACAAAUGCAGGCCACGUGUCCAAUUCAGCUUUGCUUUUUACAAAUGAAAUACUUAAUAAAAACGAAUGUUGCAAAGGGUUUUUUUUUUUUUUUGGAAAGACAUCUAUUUAAGAUUUUUUUUAUUACACACUUUUGAUGUAAAAACUAAGAAUUGGUUAGAUAAGAACAUAUAUGCUACAGAUAAAUCUUUAUUAGAAACCACAUUAGAUACAGGUGGUGUGGAAUUUUUAAAUGUUUGUUACAUAGCAUGAACAUUUUAUUUUACAUAUCAGAACAUAAAGCCUUUUACUACUAUAAA